AUGAGCCCAAAAUCCCGCCGUUCCGUAGCGGUUAGUGUGACGUUUGACCAUGCCACCAGGGUGGUCGAGGUCCCCUACGAAACCAUCGUAGGCACGUUACACUCCCGAACCGCCUUUGUUCGCUACUUAGCCAGCGCCAUUCCACCGUUGGAGGAAGCUUGCAAGGAAGAUUCUGAUGUUGCCCACUUUAAGGUAAAAAGAAAGUCCAAGAGACACAGCGGGUAUGUGCCGCUUGAAACCGACGCAGACUUGGGCGACUUGAAGCGAAGCUUAAAGGUCAAGAACCGUGUCUACUUGCACAUCAGGAAGAGGAGGGAAAAGGAGGAAGUUCCUGAUGAGGAAACGCCUCCGGCUGAGGAAAAGCCAGCCCCCGCGGAGCAAGAAGAGCCUGAGUACGAUGAAAAGAGCCAGUCCAAGGCUAAGGAAGGCCCCACCUUUGAUCUCAACCCGGUGUUUGAAAAGAUCAUGCAGUCUGAGGCGGUACAGUCUUUGUUUAAUGGUGGCUUGGCCCUGCAUAUUCAGUCGGUGCUCGCCGAGGCUGCUGCAGGUUUAAAUAAAGAGGUCCCGGCUCAGCAACCGUUCCGCUCGGAGUGUCCGUUUUCCUCCACAGCAAUGUUUUCGGAACCGAUCCCUGCUUCCCCAUUGGUUCACAAUCUCAUCACCUGUGAUGGAUGUCCGCGUUACAGGAACUAUAUCUGUGGAACCCGGUACAAGUGUUUGGAGUGCGACGACUGCGAUCUCUGUGAGGCCUGCUACAACAGCAACGUUACCGUCGGUGGACACCAUAACUGGCAUACCUUCUUGAGAAUCGAUGGCUCCUGUACCCACAAGAAUAGCGACGCCUUCAGGAAUGCACUCACCGCCGUACAGUCGGUUUUUACGCAGAUGGUUGCGGAGAGUACCUUCAACGAGAGCUUCUACUCGUCAUUGGAGCGCUAUGUUACGUGUGACGGCUUCUGUGACGAUACUAUGAUCAGGGGAGUUCGCUUCAAAUGCAUGGAGUGUGAUGAUGUGGACUACUGUCUGUCGUGCGCCAGAGACAACGCUCCUACGAUUGUGGAGGUGUCUGGGGAUUUUCACAAGUCCAGUCAUUUGUUCAUGGUCGUCACUAACCCUGUUCGGUUCUCUACGCGGUUUAUUCGCACCAUGAUGAAUGUGUAUGAAAGUUGCAUGCAGUUGGCUGAGAGACAGGAGAUCCAUGAGUCGUUUGUGGUCAGACCUCCUGGGCCUCCCCCAGGCGUUAAGAAUGAUACAGCUGCCGCUUCCUUUUCGACCGCAUCUGCUGCCUGUGAUACCCUGGAGGCUAUACCGUUGGUUCACCCGCACGUGUUGUGUGACGGAUGUGACCUUCCAGUCACUGGAUCUCGCUACAAGUGCAUGCAGUGUUUUGACUACGACUUGUGUUCCGCAUGUCACGGUGGUAAGCACUCCUCUGUAAACCAUGUUUCUACGCACAACAUGUUGGAGAUCAACAACACCGACGCCGGUCGCAACCACAUCUUCAACGUGUGUGAGUUCUACCAGAACCCAGAAAAGUACGCAAGUGGUUUCAGAAGGUGCCACAAGUACAGAGUGCCCAAGACUAAUGAUGAAACUAUCGUACUCGAUGUUGACACAAUCCACCAAAACGAGAUGGAGAGUGUUAUUGAGAUGUUUAAGACCCAAGAUAUCUCUGGGUUGAAGAAGAUGUCGGACAAUAGUGCAAAGUACGUUGAGUUGUUGGAGUUUGUGGGUGGAGAUGCGGACAGGUUGGUGGACCUUGUUCAGCUUGGUUUGGUUAUGGACGAGCCUGUCCCUAUCAGUGUUGCUUCAGCCAACGUUGCUGCUGAAUCCAAGUUAGCUACUGAGGAUGUUUUCGUUGAAGCCGCUGUUAUACCAGCCGCAAACGCUGUCCCAAUCUCCCAACCUGCAGAAUCUGCUUGUAACGUCGAAUUCUUUUCCAAGGGCAAGCAGAGCCGUGUUAAGGUUCAGAAUGGUUCGGUAUCUGCCAUUCCACCGGCUUCGUUUUUGAACGUUGCAACUGAGAAUCCGGAGGAUACCCAUAUGGUUUACUUGGGCGAUCAUGCCAUUCUUCCAGGCAGAUCCAAGACCAUUGUUUCGGAAAAUGUCUUGUCACUUAAGGAUGGAUGCAAGGUGGAGAUUUACAACUAUGGCAGCUCUGAGUUUAGUAUGCUGGGUGUGCUUACCGGCUCUGGCUGUGCCUUGGAUAUCGGAGAAUGCAAGCCUGUUACAGAAGGACAAGCUGAGUUUGAGGUUGAGCCUGAAGUUGAGUCUGAGGUUGAGUCUGAGGUUGAGUCUGAGGUUGAGUCUGAGGUUGAACCAGAGGUUGAGUCUGAGCCUGAGGUUGAGUCUGAAGAUCAAACUGCGUCUGAAAGAAUGGAAGCUUCCAAGGUCAAGAUUGGGUUUGUGCCUGAAGCUGUCGAAAUCUUAGAAAGGCUGAUGAGAGAUUCGUUCCUCAACCCAAUGCAAUCUUCCUCGGUGAUGGUCUUACCAAGGUUGCCUCGGGAAUCGCCUAAGCAAGCAUCUAUUGCUAGCUCUCCAAGUCAGUCCACUAUCUCAGUGUUUAUGGAUCCCGUUUCCAAGGUCACUUCUCCAAACUGUAUCUUACCCUUGAACCCUGUUCUGUUCCCGGAUAGCUCCACUAACGUUUCUGCCGCUGUCACGGACCCGGAGUUCACCACCGAAGCCGAAGCUUUCAGCGAUUCCGAGCUCACAGAAUCUGACUACGAGGUUUUAUCGGCUAGCGAUUACGCCUAA